AUGCCUAUCCGAGACGCCUACGCACAUUAUCUGAAGCUACUUGAAGAGCAAGAACACGUGCUGUCUAAUCCUUCGGCUGAUGCAGUUGCUUUCGAAUGGGCUUUGAAAAAUGACAGGUUCCCUAACCUGAAGAGAGUUAUUCUCACACCUGCAGCCCACGCCAUGCUUUUCAACCCGUUGUAUUCAACUCCUGCUAUUCGUGCUCUUCCGGACGGCUUUGUCUAUCCGCUUCCUCGUGGUUGGCCAACCCCUUUGCACGGAGAGGAGUUCGACGGCUGGGAUUGGAACGAAAAGAUUGUUAAGACAUCCCCACUGGGGCACCCAACGGAGACGUACAUGGAGGUGAAGGACAAAUGGCGUGGCUUUCGCCAUGUCGUCAGAGUUCUCGCACAGUCGACAAGCACGGGUGUUACGGAACUCAUUUUUGACGGCAACCUGAUCAGCACUGGGCUUCCGUGUGCUAUCUUCAAUGCACCAGAAUUUGGAGUUGAGGCCGUUGAAUACGAAAACCUCGUUGCCGUUAUCAAAAAGCCAGGCUUCACCACGCUUAAGCUUAACCUGAUGAUGGACGAUCAGGAGUACAAUGGCUACGGUGCUUUCCGCAAUGGGCGCCUGAAGAAGGCUUUGGAGGCUGCUAGUGAUCUGCGAUACUUUACUUUGGAGACCGACGAAGAAGAUAACCCUGACGAUCCGUGGCGGGCCCAAAGUUCGACAGCCGAUCACUUCAUACCCCUGCGAUCUAUUUUCCCUAUCGAGACGUGGAAGAAUCUAUCACAUUUUGGACUUUCGCGCUUUCUAGUUAAGCAGAAAGACUUGCUAGACUUUCUUGCUGCCCUCCCGCAGACCUUACUGUCGGUCGAGCUUAGCUUCCUCUGGUUCUUGAAAGACAGUGGCGACUAUAGAGAGCUCCUCUUUGGCAUUCGAGACACCUUAGACUGGCGGAGGCGGGCGACACGACCUCGACUACUCAUUCGAGAUGAGGGUGAAUUCCAAGCGUUACCAGGGCGUGCCGUCUGGCUUGAUGACGACUUGGACGAGUUCCUGUACGGCGACGGCGAGAAUCCUUACGUACUCCCUUCAUUACUGCCACACUUUUUGUCGUUUGGGGCACAUGCACCGGAAGGCUUGCUACCGAGUCUGUCAGUAGGCUAUGGGUUUGGAAAGCACAAGGAUGAAUUCGAGCCAAGAUUUGAACGGCCAUAUGUGUCGGUUGCCGAGCUUCAGCGAAUGGGUAUUCUGGAAACUUAG